CAUCAGCCAGUGGCCUGUGAGGGAGUGCGUGCCUCGCUUCAAGUGAAUAGUGUGUCCGGGUGAUUGGACCCCGCUAAGGAUUAGGGCGGAUUUGUGUGAUUGUUCACCGAUUUUUAAACUGCGAAAUCAUCAUGUACCACCUGAAGACGAUCGCCAAGAGCGCCGCCCUCAAGCAGGAAGUGACCACCCUGGUGAAGGCGGUGGCCGCAGUCCAGCAGCCUGCGCUACAACAGUACCAGCCGAAGCGCGGGUACGCCGAGCACCAGAUUCCGGAGCGCCUGAAGGAUGUGGCUUCCUCGUCCAACCCGCGCUUCUUCGACAUGGUCGAGUACUUCUUCCACCGUGCCUGCCAGAUCUGCGAGGACAAGCUGGUCGAGGACAUGAAGGGCCGCAGCUCGCUCGAGGAGAAAAAGAAGAAGGUGAAGGGUAUCCUGAUGCUGAUGCAGCCGUGCGAUCACAUUAUCGAGAUUGCGUUCCCGCUGCGACGCGAUUCCGGCGACUACGAAAUGAUUACCGGCUACCGUGCGCAGCACUGCACGCACCGCACACCGACGAAGGGCGGUAUCCGUUUCUCGCUGGAUGUGUCGCGCGAUGAGGUGAAAGCCUUGUCCGCUCUUAUGACGUUCAAAUGUGCCUGUGUCGAUGUACCGUUCGGAGGCGCUAAGGCUGGCGUCAAGAUUGACCCGCGUCAGUAUUCUGAGCAUGAGCUGGAGAAAAUUACGCGCCGCUUCGCGCUGGAGCUGUCGAAGAAGGGCUUCAUUGGCCCGGGCAUUGACGUGCCGGCCCCGGACAUGGGAACCGGUGAGCGCGAAAUGUCCUGGAUCGCUGACACCUACGCCAAGACGAUCGGUCACCUCGACAUCAAUGCGCAUGCCUGCGUCACUGGCAAGCCAAUCAACCAGGGCGGUAUUCAUGGUCGUGUGUCUGCCACCGGUCGCGGUGUCUUCCACGGAUUGGACAACUUCAUCAAGGAGGCCAACUUCAUGGCUCAGAUCGGAACGACACCAGGCUGGGGCGGCAAAUCGUUCAUCGUGCAGGGCUUCGGUAAUGUUGGUCUGCACUCGUGCCGCUACCUUACCCGAGCUGGAGCCACCUGCAUUGGAGUGAUUGAACACGACGGUUCGAUCUACAAUCCGCAGGGCAUUGAUCCGAAGGCGCUGGAGGACUACAAGAACGAGAAGGGCACGAUCGUUGGCUUCCCCGGUGCCAAGCCGUACGAAGGCGAGAACUUGAUGUUCGAACAGUGCGACAUCUUCAUUCCGGCCGCCAUCGAGAAAGUUAUCACCGCCGACAAUGCUGGCCGAAUCAACGCCAAGAUCAUUGCCGAAGCUGCCAACGGACCAACUACGCCGGCCGCCGACAGGAUUCUGAUCGAUCGCAACAUUCUGGUGAUUCCGGAUCUGUACAUCAACGCCGGUGGUGUGACGGUUUCGUUCUUCGAGUGGCUCAAGAACCUAAACCACGUCUCGUACGGUCGUUUGACGUUCAAGUACGAGCGGGAAUCGAACUACCAUCUUCUUGCAUCCGUGCAGGAAUCGCUCGAAAAGCACAUAAGCAGCGAUGAGAAAUCUGUUCAAGCCUCACUGGAAAGACGUUUCGGUAAUGUUGGCGGUAAGAUCCCGGUGACGCCAUCGGAAGCCUUCCAGAAGCGUAUCUCAGGCGCCUCGGAAAAGGACAUCGUCCACUCCGGCCUCGAUUACACGAUGGAGCGUUCAGCUCGUGCCAUCAUGAAGACAGCUAUGAAGUACAACUUGGGGCUAGAUCUUCGUUCCGCUGCUUACGUCAACUCGAUCGAGAAGAUCUUCCAGACGUAUCGCGAUGCUGGUUUAGCCUUCUAAACACAUUCGAAUCGAGGAAAUCAGGACACCCGAAUCGAUCAAGAAAAACAAGAACAAAAACUGCUAUACAUUCCCUAGCGUAACGCUACACGACCACGUCAAACUAUUACACAACAAGCCCUCCUGCUAUUUUGCUACAAACGAAAGUGAUCGUUUUUUACCGGCGAAAGACGUAACUAGAUUAACGUACGAAGUUGACGCGAAAACUCGGUACUCAUUCAGCGCAUUAAAAGACACCAUUGUCUCCUCGAAGAUCGGCUCACCUAUAGGCAGGUCGUACUAAAUCUCGUUAGCGAAGAGGAUGACGGUGUAAGCUGCGGCAAAAACAAAUCUUUGUCAUUUUAAAGAUUAAUUUUCUCCUACCUCAGCGUGCUCUGUAGGGAAAUAAAGUUUAACUCUGCGCCAUUGGUCUACGUCAACGUUACCGGCCGUGCGCUGUCGUGAUACGGCAACAUUCCAGUUAUGUUAGUAAUGCACGCUUUCUUGGCCAUGCAUUACCAGCAGUGUUACUUUACGCGUAUCAAGAAUCAGUGAUUUAGCGAGCAGCCAAUGUAGCAUUUAUCCUUGUGUUGUGGUUAGUACUUACUCUAUUUCCGAUCCCCACAACGAACUCUCGGUGGAUGAAAAAUAGGUACAUGAGGCAUUAACGGCGAACUUAAAAAGAACAAUAUAAACUUAAUACCAAAUCGUCGAUCAAUUUGGUUUUCACACAGAACCAUUAGAGGGAGAAGAUUGAUGCCCGCAGCAGUAUCUUAGAAGUAUAGUGAAAAAAUCCGUGAUCUACUGCAAAAAACUUAUUGUGUUCCAUACAAAACAUGCAACAAAUGUCUACAAAGCUCAUUAUACAGCACGAAUUACGAUCAAUUUUUUCGGUGACUUAAUAGGACAGAAAGGUGCAUCAGCGAUCUACAACUUAUGGUGUGCAAGUACAUGUUAUAACGCAAGCUAAACCAAGUGACGGCGUAAGAAAUGAAGAAAACAGUAAAGCGAAAAUUUUAAAACCCAA